UUCCAGCGCAAGAAAUGUACCCAAGACUGCCUCAUGGCCCCAUAUUUCCCUGCAACCAGGUUUCAACAAUUUCUGAAUGCACACAAACUGUUUGGUGUUGGCAAAAUCACCAAAACCCUCAACAGCGUCUCUCCUCAGCAGAGAAGCUCUGCCAUGUACAGCGUCAAAGCCGAAGCCGAGUACCGUGCCAGGGACCCUGUUGGUGGCUGCUACAAUGAAAUAAAGUCGUUGCUGUGGAAGAUCAGAACAACCGAGGAUGAACUCCAACAUGUGCAUUCUCAGCUUUGCAUGUUUCGUGCCGGAGGAGAGAAUGCUAUGGCUCAUCCUUUGGAAGGCUAUGAAUACAAUGUCGUUCAAGAUGUUGAAUAUGAUUCGCAGCUUCAUCAUCAACUACAGCAGAACAUUGUUCAAGAACAGAGCGGUGUUGUGGAAAAUCAUCAAGAACAGAGCAAUGUGUUUGAUUUAAGGGAUGAAGUUGUGCUAGAACAAGAUGUCAAUCCAAUUCAGGUUGAGGGUCCAGUAAUUCACAACAGUACUUCUCAGUUACAAAGUGGUAAAAGAUGAUUGUUGAUUUUGCUGUACUAGUUCAGUAUCUCAGUUAAAUCUCAUGGAGCUCUGUUUUCUGUACAUCAGAUAGAGUAGAAGGUAAAAGGAAAAUGAAAUGUAGACGUUCCAAACACCCUUUUCCUUGACAGAUAGUUUGAUCUGUAUAGAACUAUAUCAGGAAGACACAAUAUCUCUCUCU